UUAAAGAUUCUCAAGUAAUUUCAUAUAAACUAUUCUUUGAAAUUGAUACAUAAAUUCAACAUCCAUCCUCGAAGUGCUAUGGUAGGGGAAACUUUAUAAAGAAUUUGAGGCGGACUGCAUCAGUUGCUCUGAAGACAUGGACUCAUACGUUCGACCUGCACGUACCAUUUUGAGGAAGGUGUUCGCGCUGACACCGACAGCGUACAAAUUUCUGGAGAUUGGGAUCGCCGCGGGACCAAUGUCUCAAGUGGAAAUUGCGAUUGGCGAUAUUCGAGGCAACCGUAUCGUCCUGCCUCACGCUACGUGGAUGGCGUUUAUCGAAAAACGGUCGGACAUCCAGCAAUUGGUGCGGUCAUCUACUCCGUCACCGUUGAUGAUUCAGGACCUUGUCAUUGAACUUGUUAAAAUACGUGAUGUGGACAAUGUGAAAUUAUCUUUAUGUGACAAGUGUGUGUAUAUGAAACCAUCGACUAUACUUUUUAUGCUUGAGCUCGAACAAUGUGUUGAACACGCAUAUUUUGAUUUAUGUCAAUAUACAAAUAUU